GCCAUAAGCCAUUCCGGCCAUUAGAGGCAGGUUAGCUCGAGCUUAAUUUGCUUAAACUAGUGCUGGCUCCCUCGGAUCUUUACAAGGCUGCCUCCCUGUGCCCUGUGGUGGCGAGGAGAGAGCAGUGCAGUGCAGAGGAGAACGCACGCGCGCCCAGGGAAUAAGGAAACUUGCACGAGGGGGUGGAGGGCGAUCCGAUUUCCCAGCCUUAAAACUGGGGUUCAACUCCAACGUCCCCCAUUCGUGCGCCCUCAGCCAUUGUACCCCUUUUCCACUCCUCCCGAUGUUCCUUCCUCCCUCACUCCACCACUCCGGUUUUAUACUCCUCCUAUCUCUCUAGUCUCUAGUCUCUACUGCUACUAGUACUGGUAAUCUGCGAGGGAUGGAGCCGGAGAUGGAGGUGGAGGUGGAGGUGGAGAUGUCGCCGGCGGCGGCGAAGGCCGCCGUGUUUAGCCCUUACUCGAGCCCGAGCACGGCGUUGCUCCUGCAGAGGAGGGUCGUUUCAUGGGCCAAGGAGACCGGUUCGCCGGCGACGGUGAGCGUCCACGUCGGCGACAGGAGCUUCAACCUGCACAAGGAUCCUCUGGUGUCCAGGUGCGGGUACUUGAGGCAGGCGAUUCUCCGGUGCGGCGACGGCGACGGCGAGGUCGUCGAGCUGCCGGCGAGCUUCCCCGGCGGCAGCGAGGCGUUCGAGGUGAUCGGGCUGUACUGCUACGGCGACGCGGUGGCGCUCGACCCGUUCAACGUGGCGGCGGUGCGGUGCGCGGCGGAGUUCCUCGACGUGUCCGGCCUCGGCGCGCGCUGCGACCUGUACAUCAACCAGGUGGUGCUGCAGAGCUGGGACGACGCCCUCAUCGUCCUGCAGCGAUGCCAGCCGCUGCUCCCCGUCGCCGAGGAGCUCCUCGUCGUCAGCCGCUGCGUCGAGUCGCUGGCGUUCAUGGCGUGCAUGGAGAUCCUCGACCCCGACGGCGACGAGCAGCGGCGCGAGCGCGACCAGCCGGGCCUCCUCGCCGCCGCCGCGGCGCGCGGCCUCGCCGGGCGCCGGUGGGACGCCGAGCUCGUCAAGGAGCUCGCCGCGCGCGACCUCUGGAUCAAGGACCUCGUCGCCCUCCCCUUCGAGUUCUUCAGGCGGAUCGUGCUGGCGCUGCGGCGUCAGGGCAUGAAGGAGAAGUACGUCAGCCCCGUCGUGCUCUUCUACGCCAACAAGUGGGUGCUCUCCAAGAAGACGCACAAGUUCAUGGCGAGCACGGACACCGGCGACGGCGAGACCGACGCCAACAGGAGGGCCACCGCGAUCCUGCAGGGCGUGAUCGACCUCCUCCCACUCGAGUCGUCGGCGGCGACCGGCGGCGCCAUCCCGGUGUCGUUCUACUUCGCGCUGCUGGCGCGGUCGAUCACCCUCGAGCUCAGCGACGAGAGCCAGACGAGGCUGCGCGAACUGGUCGCGUCCAACCUGCAAUUCGCCCGCGUGGACGACCUCCCGCUGCCGGAGCCAGAGCAAGACGCCGGCGGCCAAUCCAUCGCCGGCAGCCCGGAGGUGAGGGCGAUGGAGAGCAUCGUCGCGAGCCAUGUCUCAAUGCAAAGAAGAGGCGCGGAGGCCGUCGCGGAGCUCUGGGAUCGGUACAUCGCCCAGAUCGUCGGUGACCCGAAGCUCCGGCCGGACCGGCUGGCCGAGCUCAUCGGCGUCGUUCCGGCCGGCGACCGGAAAUCCCACGACCAUCUCUACGAAGCAAUCGACACAUACAUCGUGGAGCAUCCCGGCUUGUCCGGCGACGAGAAGGCGUCGCUGUGCGGCCACCUCGAAUGCCGGAAGCUGUCGCACGAGGCGUGCAUCCAGGCGGUGCAGAACGACCGGAUGCCGCUCCGGCUGAUCGUGCAGGCGCUGUUCGUGCAGCAGCUGCACACGCACCGCGCCUUCACCGAGUGCUCCGACUCGUUCCGGUGCAUGCACUCGGGGGAGCUCCUCGUCCCCGUCUCCGGCGGCGCCGCCGCCGCCACCGCGUACACCCCGAGCCCCGGGUGCACCACCGCCGUCCCCACCAGCCAGCCGCUCAGCACCAGCAGCCCGUACACGGACACCGCCCACGCCACGCGGGACGGCAGGAAGCUGGUCCGCGCCCGCGCCGGCGACGACGACGACGACGCGGCGUCGGGCUACGAGACGGCGAGCUUUAGGAUCCAGGCGCUGGAGCAGGAGAUCCUCUCCCUGAAGCAGACGCUGCAGCGGCACAACACCGUGAAGAAGAGCUCGUCCCGGAAGGAGGCGAGCUUCAGGAUGGACACGGCGGCCACGCCGGCGGCGGCGGCGGCGGUCAGGCGGCGAGCGCCGGUGUCCUCCAGCAGCUGCAUUGGCUCCAUGCGGUGGGGAUCGCAGCGGCGGUGCGCGAGUAGGAUCCUGCGCAUCUUCGCGAGGCUGGCCGUGUUCGGGAGAGGGAGCAGGUCGUCGUCGUCGUCGUCGACGUCGAGGGGGAAGCAGAGCAAGUGCAGGGCAAGUGCAGAGCAGCUCAGCUCAGUGGCCUGUAGAACGAAGCACGCAGCGAGGGACUGAGCGAGAGGUAAAAAAAUGACGAGACAUUUUUACUACACACGUGGAAAAGAAAUUGCAGAUCAUACUGUAAACCCUGCUAUGUUUACAAAACCGUACGGUUACUGGGUUAUCACGUGACCAUGUGGUUUUCACGAUAACCACGUGGUUACCAUGGUAACCGUCAAACUGCGGGUGACGGUAACCCAUACCAAAGGUUUGAUGAACUGUGAACCUUGGCUACGAGUAGUAGUGUGGUAGUAGUAUGUGAGCAGGGUACUAUGUAGUCUGUACAUAUUGCUGUUGCUGGCAAUGCUGAAGAAUUGAAGAGUAGUUUGUAGUUACUGUCAGGUGGCCUGGUCAGCACUUUUUCUUAGGUCGAAAAUUCUGAAUAUCUGUAUAGUUCAUCGGUAUUAAAAAGGUUUAUUUUCCUUCAAAAAAGUUGUUUCUGAUGGGAGGGAACUAAUU